UCCGCGCAGUGCUAAAAGAGCAGACGAUAUUUCGCGGGCAGGUAUUUAACUGUGGAAUAUAAUCGUGUUUAAUGGAUAUUUAACACUCGCGUUGUUAAUUUCUGUGUUUAGCGAGUGUGGGCGAAAUGGUUUACGACAUCAAGUGGAUAAUACCGAAGCUUCGAAAUCCGACAAAAUUUUGGAAGUUCGCUAGUUCGAUUACGUUCGCAGCAGUGGGGAUAUUCUCCAAGUUCAUUCUAGAAUGGCUGAACAAAACUAAAAUAUACAACAAACAUGUCAUAACGAGGGCCUUGGAUUGUCGACCUCGGAAUGUCCCUCUCAUCACCAUAUCAAAUCAUCACAGCUGCUUCGACGAUCCUGGAAUUUGGGCUACCCUGGAUCUCCGCCACUUGAUAAACAGGCGUGUGAUAAGAUGGUCCCUAGCUGCGCACGAUAUAUGCUUCACCAACGUUUGGCAUUCCUACUUCUUCAUGUUAGGAAAAUGUGUACCUGUUGUCAGAGGGAAAGGAGUUUAUCAAGAGAGCAUGAACUUUUGCAUUGAAAAAUUAUCCAACGGCGAAUGGGUCCAUGUAUUUCCAGAGGGCAAAGUGAACAUGCUCAAAGAAAAUACGAGGUUGAAAUGGGGUGUAGGAAGACUUAUACUAGAAUCUCCGGUGACCCCGUUAGUAAUUCCUAUCUACCACUUGGGGAUGGAUGACAUUUUACCUAAUGAACCUCCGUACAUGAUAAAAACUCAUAAAAAAGUAACAAUGAAUUACGGAGACCCCAUAGACUUCAGCGAAAUGUUGGAAGAGCUGAGAUCAGCAAAAGCAAAUGAAAUUGAUGCUAGGAAAGCUAUCACUGAUCGUAUUCAAGAGGAACUUUUGAGAUUGCGAUCGGUUACGGAGAAACUUCAUUUGCAGUCUUGACCGAUGUCAGGCGGUUCUCGCCGUCAUUCUAUCUAGCCACAAUUCGCCAAAAACCAUGUCAAUAGUAGGAAGGAAAGGUGUACCAGUGAUUCAACCAUGAAAAAGAAAAAGAAAUUUUUAUACGAAAACCAUAACUCCAGCUAAUAAUAUAAUAAUAUCGCAAAACUAGGUUUUGAAAAUAUCGUUUACAAGCCUCUGUAAAGACAGCCUUAAAAUAACAGUAAAAGUAUUAGAAAAAUUUUACUGAUCGGAUGGGGUAGGUGUCUAUUUUCUAAAUGCAAUAAGAAUUUUGCAUAUUCAUCAUGAGAACAUAAGGAAUAAAAUUCCCAUACUUCUUAUUUGUUGAAAUAAAGAAUUCUGGAAAUCCAGGAUCAAAUCCCUUGGAUCUUGUUUUUGACUGAAUUUAGAUAUUGGUUCUUUAUACCUAAAGAAUGAAUGAUCGGUUGUCGUAAAAACAUGAUAAUGCAUACCUAAUAGAAUACUAAUGAAACUAAAAUAAUUGCUUGGAGAUCAUGCAAGCGAACAACGAGUUUGUUGUCAAGUUCAUGUGAUCCGUUAAUCGAUAUGAUAAGGUCAGGUAUUUAUCUAUGAAUAUCAAAUCUACUCGUUAACUAUUCCCCAUAAAUACUGUACAGUAUCUAUACAUUUAUUAACAUUUGUGAUUUUAAUAGUAUGAAAGAUUCUACGACUAGUUCGAAAAAUGUGUAAACUAAUACCCUCUAAUAUUUAUUGUAAAAAGGUCAGCCGCCGUACAUUAAUUUUUAGUAUAUUAAACGUCUUCUCUAAUCUAUUGUUGAAAAAACAUAAUAAUAAUGUUAAUAAUCACAAUGAUAAUAAAUAAUGGUAGUAUUCCUCUUAAACAUACACAUACGCAUAGAUAUUUAGUACUUUUCAGGUUGUAGGUGAUUCAAUUACUGAUUUGAGGUGUCCGGAAUAUAGGCUAAAACAAUUUUAAUCUAUAUUGGUUACGAUGACCAAUAUUGUUAUCAGUUCUUAUCAGCGUUGUUAUGUAGUUAAUAAAUACAGAAUAAUUAAUUUCAGAGGUGGGGUUCGAUCUUUCAUUUCAAUCUAUCGGACUAUUCGAAUGUUGACCACUCAAGAUCGAUCCGUUUAAAACUGUAUCUAAACAAUCUUUAACUAUUAAUAAAUUAAAACACGAACGGAGAUGAUAUUUGUGGACGUAAGAAAUGAUUUACGAUUAAACAGAGCUUUUUAGGAAUUGAUUGUUAUUAUAUUAUACAUUUGUUAAAUAUUCACAGACAAAUUAUACAGCACACAGAUUGUUACCACAAUUUAGAAAUAGACACUGUUACAUGAGGUUACAAAUAGAGAUGCUGGGUGUUUUUUUUUUUAGCUAAACAUACAGGUCGUAUACAUGUUGUUGCUGAACAGAAAUUCAAUGUACACCAUUCAACAUCUGAAAUAACUUGGAAGUAUUCGUGUUUGGCAUUAGUUUGCAUACGCACUAUCACAUGAUUGAUUUUUAUAUUAUAUUCAGCAUGUAGUAUAAUUUUUUCAUUGAUUCAAAAUUGGAAUACGCACGCAUUGCAACUGUAAAUAAUAAAAAAAAUUGUAUUGGUUGAUAUAUUUUUUGACAAUGCUGUCUUACGCUAAUGAAGUUCAAACUACAAUUCUAUCAAUAGUUGGUGCAAAAAGCUGACUGAGUGGUUGUUUAUAUAUGUAUAUUUUUUUUACUUUAAAGUUGAUAUUCAUUUCAAUAGCAUACAUUUUUAAAAAUUACAUGUGGUGACCUACUAUUUAUACAUACGAAGGUGAAAGAAAUAUGCACACUCCUCAUAAAUGGUUGAAUUUUGUUCGUUAUAAUGCAUAUUAUGCCAUGCAGAGCAAGAAAUAAACUUUGAAUAGAUAAAACGAAGAUAAAUCUCAACAUAUAAUAUUUAUAAUAAUAAUAGUGAAUAAAUAAAUUCCGGAUAAUCAGAGUGCCCAGUUUUAUAACAAACUAGAUAACAAAAAUCCGUUAAUAAAGUAAAGGAUCACCAAUUUUUGUACAAAUAUCAAUAUCACGUCAACAAUAUUUUUAAAUAAACCAGUUUCCAGAUUCAAAUGAACCUUGUUUAAAUAUAGGUAUACUAAAAUUUUUGCUGUAAUAUCACUAUUACUGACAGUUCUGAAAUAUGUAUAUCAGAAACUGUCUCAUUAUGUACCUGGGCGAAGCUGCAUCUGUGAAUGUAUUAUAUUUAACAUGGUGCCAUCUAGAAUUAAUUAACUGUAUUGU